AUGGAUUACAUCACUGGUGGUAGUUUUGUUCGUUCAAAUAUUGAUAGUUCAACAACAAUGUCUUUAUCGGGCCUGAUUAAAACAUUGACAGAUAAGGCGAAAGGUUGCGUGAGAGAUAUAGAUCCACAAAAUGAUUUAACAUUUCUUAGAAUUAAAACAAAGAAACAAGAAAUACUUGUUGCACCCGAUAAAGACUAUUUAACAAUUGUUUUACAAGCAUCAGAGAAAGCAUGA